ACUCCAGGGUGGCGGUCGCAUACUAGCCUGGCCACCUCAUGGUUUGCGUUUCUGCCAGUGAUUCUGGUAAUUCUUGUUGGAGCAAAGCUCCAGCACAUCAUUGCAACGCUUGCUCUGGAAAAUGCUGGUAUUCGCGGUCGUUACAUUGGCCAGGCAUUGAAGCCUCGGGACAAUCUCUUUUGGUUCAGUAAGCCGGAACUUCUACUCUUCCUUAUCCACUUCGUACUUUUCCAGAAUGCAUUUGAGCUUGCAACGUUUCUUUGGACUUUGUGGCAAUUUGGAUACGAGUCUUGUCUCAUGGCUGAUCAAGCGUAUAAGAAAUACAUCUACGUAUAUGCUCGCUUGAUUUCGGGGGUCUUUGCACAGUUCCUAUGUAGCUACAGCACCUUGCCCCUCUAUGCUCUCGUCACUCAGAUGGGUACAAACUACAAAAAGACAAUAUUCCAGGAAAGUAUUGUGCACUCGCUAAACGUCUGGCGCAAGUCCGCUCAACAAAAAGCCAGACAAGCAGCAGCAGCGGAAGACUCUCACAGCAGUGAUCACGACCACGACCAUGAUGAAACCGUCACGGGCAGGCACAAGGUCUUGAAAAGAAGUGGCUACUCGUCUGUUGGGAGGGAGGAGGAUGCAUUUGUGGAGGAACACCCGUGUUGACAACACAUGUGUUUACGAAAAGGCUGACUUUGAAAAGCUGUAACUCGUUCCAUGUAAGAGUGUGAGCUUUUCUCGCUCGGAAGCUAAUCAAACCGGUUCACGAGCAAACGCGCCACUGAAUUGACUGUUUACCAGGCCCGAUGGAGGAAGAACACUUCUUCUGUGUAUAUAAGACACUGGAGGCGCGAGCACUGAACACAACUUGAGCAGUUCUUCAUCCGAUCGAAUCGUAUCAGAGCAAGGACACAGCGCCUGACAAGAGAUCCUGGUUUCUUAUACAACGAUAUCAUCACUCUCUUGGAACACAAGUAUCAGCAGCAAGAACGUAUCAGCAGCAAACGUAUCAGCAGCACAAAGAAAAGAGCUAGAGAUUUGUUCCUGGAGUGGACGAAAAUGGCUCACGGAAGGAUACUUCUCGCGAUCGCGUUCGUGAUUUUGAUCAGCGGCAGCGUCCACUGCUCCAGGCUGGGCUCGUUUUCGGUGAUGAACCACCAGGCCGAGCUUGGGAGCUCGCUGCAAGGCAGUGAGACUCCGGGAGGUCCUUCGAAAUGUAUCGACAGCCAAGAUGGGAAGUGCCCGGACAGACCGUCGAGCGUGGAUCUUCUCAACAACAGGAAGGCUCAAUCCGGAGUUGAGAUGCUCGUCAAGGAUCAGAGCACUCCCGGGCAAGGCCCAUCCAAGGACAACCGCGACUAAAUGCUGAAACAUUCAAUUGUAUAUAAAAGAGCCUGAAAUUUACA